GUGCGCCCUCGAGGAUGUCCUCUGCUUCCCUUGGUUCGCGCUUCCUUUUAAAGCAAAGCGACCCAGCAUGCCAUUCCCCACUCGGCCAGAGGACGGGAAACAGUGAGAAGCUGCCGUCCUUUAUUCUGCCCCCUCUCCUGUCAUCACCUAAUGGUCCUUGUCGUUUAGUUGCUAUUUUAUUUGUUCCUUUACUCGGUUAGCUAAUAUCAGUCAUGUAUCGAUAUUUUGGGGAACUGCUGAGCCGUUCGGCGUGUAGUGCCCGGGCCUCGGGGUGCGUGGAUUCCGCUCUCCCCGUGUCCUCGUCCCUGAUGCGGCUCCGUCACUAUGCCGAAGCAGCGGAGCAGCCUGACGACCCCAACUUCUUCAAGAUGGUCGAGGGGUUUUUCGAUCGUGGCGCAGCCAUCGUGGAGGACAAGCUGGUGGAGGAUCUGAAAACCAGGGAGAGCCCCGAGCAGAAGAGGAACCGUGUACGAGGCAUCCUGCGUAUCAUCAAGCCUUGUAAUCACGUCUUGAGUGUGUCUUUCCCGAUCAAGAGGGAUAGUGGAGAGUGGGAGGUGGUGGAGGGGUACCGUGCCCAGCACAGUCAACACAGGACACCUUGCAAAGGAGGCAUCCGUUACAGCACAGAAGUGUCUGUGGAUGAAGUUAAAGCCUUGGCUUCGCUGAUGACCUACAAGUGUGCCGUUGUGGAUGUGCCAUUUGGGGGAGCCAAAGCUGGAGUCAAGAUCAACCCCAAGAAUUACUCUGAUAACGAGCUGGAGAAGAUUACCAGGAGGUUCACUAUUGAACUGGCCAAGAAGGGGUUCAUUGGACCUGGCAUCGAUGUCCCAGCCCCAGACAUGAGCACAGGAGAGAGGGAAAUGUCAUGGAUCGCUGACACAUAUGCCAACACCAUUGCACACACUGACAUCAACGCCCAUGCAUGUGUGACAGGAAAACCCAUCAGCCAGGGGGGUAUCCACGGACGUAUAUCAGCCACUGGUCGUGGAGUUUUCCACGGCGUCGAGAACUUCAUUAACGAGGCGUCCUAUAUGAGUUUGCUUGGCCUGAGCCCUGGCUUCCUAGACAAAACCUUCAUUGUGCAGGGCUUUGGUAAUGUGGGUCUCCACUCCAUGAGGUACCUCCACAGGUUUGGGGCCAAGUGCGUGGGCAUUGGUGAAAUUGAUGGAGCCAUCUACAAUCCAGAAGGCAUUGACCCAAAACAGCUGGAGGACUACAAACUGCAAUAUGGUACCAUUGUGGGCUUCCCAGGAGCCAAACCCUAUGAAGGAAACAUUUUGGAAGCCGACUGCCAUAUCCUGAUCCCAGCUGCUGGUGAAAAGCAGCUUACACGUAACAAUGCCCCCAGGAUCAAGGCCAAGAUCAUUGCUGAAGGUGCCAAUGGUCCCACCACCCCAGAUGCUGACAAGAUCUUCCUGGAGAACAACGUCAUGGUUAUUCCUGACAUGUACCUGAAUGCUGGAGGUGUGACGGUAUCUUAUUUUGAGUGGCUCAAAAACCUCAACCAUGUCAGCUACGGAAGACUGACCUUCAAAUAUGAGAGAGACUCAAACUACCACCUGCUCAUGUCUGUGCAGGAGAGUUUAGAAAGAAAGUUUGGCAAACAGGGAGGACCCAUCCCCAUCGUCCCUACUGCUGACUUCCAGGCCAGAGUUGCUGGUGCUUCUGAGAAGGAUAUCGUUCACUCUGGGUUGGCCUACACAAUGGAGAGAUCUGCCCGGCAAAUCAUGCGCACAGCAAGCAAGUACAACCUGGGUCUGGACCUGCGGACGGCUGCUUACGUUAAUGCCAUCGAGAAAGUCUUCAAAGUCUACAAUGAGGCGGGACUCACCUUCACAUAAAUGGCCAGUCGUGACCCACACCUCAUCUCCUAACACCCCACCCUUAAACAGCCUUCUCUACAUAUCACUGAUCACCGCUGCAGUUUAGCUCUUUCACACAUAUCCAGCGAGGCGCUGGCUAGCUUGGACUCUACCCUGUGAGCUUUGUGCUGCCAUUAUACUGAAUCUGCAUCUCUGUUUAAAUAUCGCUCUGUUCUUGUUUUUGCCUGAGGUUAUAUUCAGAACGAGCUACAUGCUGAGAGAGACCCCUAUAAAUAUUUGUUUGGCAGCCAUGCAUAGUGUACCCUGAAAGCACGUGACCCUCCUGUUGUAACUUACAGUUGACACCACUACAGAUGCCUUAAUUUUAGAAAGAGGUCUGCUCUAAUAGGGUGACUAACACUUCAGUUUAGUUAAAGGGAUUUAGAUUUAAUUUUCUUAAUGAGAGGGGGGAAAAAAUCACUGUUUUUGAGUUUUUCUUUUUACUCUAAGGUUACUAAUGAAGUUCCCAAGGUUUAGGAUUGUCAUAGUAUAUUUACUGUUGUGCCUUCCCAGUCCUUUUAUCCUCGUUUAUCUCCUCCUAACCGCAGCUUCUCCCUGACUCCUCUGCUGGCCAAGAAAGGGGAGUGGGUGUCACUAUGACUGCCAGUCCCUUUUUUCAGUUCUAUCCAUCCGGUUACUCAACAUUAAAAUAGUUUGACUAAAUAACUUUUUAUUUUUUUCAUUUAUGGAAACAAAUAAAGUGUUCAGAAAAAGCUA